CUCUUUUAUUUUGCAUUUUCAACAAUGAACAGUGGGUGUAGUAGCCAAGCGUUGCUAGCAGCCUAGCCUUUAGACCCUUACUAAUCUCUUUCUUUGGACUCUCUCUACCUCGACUCAAUCACGGACUCACCCGCUUGACCGCCGCAACUACAAUCCACCAGUCGGCGGCGGUUCUCUGACAGAUAAUGGCAGCCACUUUUGUAUACGCUGCUUCAUCGGUUGCAUCGUUCAACUCUUCCUUGAUAAUCUCAAAGUUGCGACCUAUACAAAUUCUUGGUCUUUUUGCUCCCUCUACUACUGCUUUUAAGUUCCGUGGAAGGAGGCUGAUGACACACUCUCUCAGUCGGGCUACUUUAGGGCUCACUCAACCGGCCAGUGUUGAACCUCUUAAGGUAUCAUUUGUGGUGAAAGAUAUUGACGUGGUAGAGUGGAAAGGAGACUUGCUUGCUGUGGGUGUUACGGAGAAAGACAUGAGCAUGGAUGACAAUAUGAAAUUCGAAAAUGCUAUCUUGAAGAAGUUAGAUUCCCAACUAGGUGGUUUGUUAGCUGAAGCCUCUUUUGAAGAGGACUUCACGGGUAAGGCUGGCCAAUCCACUGUUCUUAGGCUUUCCGGUCUAGGUUCCAAGAGGAUAGGAUUGAUCGGACUUGGUUCUCAGCCUCCUUCUCUGGUAGCGUACCGUGGUCUAGGUGAAGCUCUUGCCACAGCUGCUAAGAGUGCUCAAGCUCGUACUAUUGCUGUGUUCCUUGCUUCUUCCGAGGGGCUUUCUGCAGAGUCGAAGCUAAACACUGUUUCCGCCAUCACAUCUGGCACUAUUCUCGGACUGCACGAAGAUAACAGGUUUAAAUCAGAGUCAAAGAAACCAAUCCGCAAAUGUCUGGAAACUCUGGAUAUUAUUGGCCUUGGAACUGGAAUCGAUUUAGAUAAAAAGCUGAAAACUGUUGAAGACACAUGUUCUGGAAUUAUAUUUGGACGAGAGCUGGUUAAUGCACCUCCUAAUGUACUUACUCCUGGAGUACUUGCCGAAGAGGCUUCCAAGAUUGCCUCAAUGUACAGUGAUGUUCUAACAGCAAAGAUUCUUAAUGUGGAACAGUGCAAAGAACUAAAAAUGGGAUCCUACCUUGCGGUUGCUGCAGCUUCAGCAAAUCCAGCUCAUUUCAUUCAUCUAUGUUACAAACCUAUUGGACCUGUUAAAACCAGAUUAGGGCUUGUUGGGAAAGGACUGACAUUUGACAGCGGGGGAUACAACAUCAAAACUGGACCAGGUUGUUUAAUCGAGCUAAUGAAAUUUGAUAUGGGUGGUUCAGCAGCAGUUUUAGGUGCAGCAAAAGCGAUUGGUCAAAUCAAACCUGCUGGAGUUGAGGUUCAUUUUAUUGUUGCCGCUUGUGAAAACAUGAUUAGUGGGACUGGUAUGCGGCCUGGAGACAUAGUCACUGCUUCGAAUGGAAAGACUAUAGAGGUGAACAAUACGGAUGCAGAAGGUAGGCUUACUCUUGCAGAUGCUUUGGUGUACGCUUGCGAUCAAGGUGUAGAGAAGGUAAUUGAUCUCGCAACAUUAACUGGAGCCUGUAUUGUUGCUCUGGGACCUUCCAUAGCAGGUGUCUUUACACCCGAUGAUGCACUUGCCAAAGAGGUGUUUGCUGCAUCAGAGGCUGCAGGAGAGAAACUAUGGAGGAUGCCAUUGGAAGACAGUUACUGGGACUCGAUGAAAUCAGGAGUGGCUGAUAUGGUCAACACUGGGGGUCGCCAAGGUGGUUCCAUCACCGCAGCUCUGUUUUUGAAACAGUUUGUGGAUGAGAAAGUUCAGUGGCUGCAUAUAGAUAUGGCUGGUCCAGUUUGGAAUGAAAAGAAACGUUCAGCAACAGGAUUUGGUGUAUCAACAUUAGUGGAGUGGGUUCUGAAAAACUCGACCUCAUAGUUUACUGGACGCAAUUUGGAUUAUACACCCGGGUGCACAGUGCUCAUGGUGCACCCUGAAGAACAUUUGUUGAGUAUCUAAAGAACAUGAAGAAUGAUUUCAAUGUACAUAUACAAAUGAAAUAUUUGCAAUAUAUGUAUUAUGGAUUUGAACUA